AUGUUGCAGCCAAUCUUCGACCGCAGGGGGUAUGGGCAGUCUCAAUCUAUUGAGCCUGGUAAGAUGGAAAAGUUCGAGGAUACUAUACAGUGGCUUGAAGAGACCGCUGCCGGACGUCCCUAUGAUGCUGCUGCAUCGCAAAUCGGAUUUGCGAUAAGCGCGAUGCACACAACCUCUGAGCUACUCAAGCAGUCCCUACUGGAUAUUUGUAUGCACCCAGAUCUGAUCCCGGUUCUACGAGAUGAAGCAAAUAAAGCUAUUGAGGAGAGUGGAUGGACAACUGCGGGUGUCUUCAAGAUGCAGCUGUUGGACAGUGCAGUAAAGGAAACACAACGGCUCAAACCAGGUUUGUUAGUAAAUCUCGAGCGGAAAGCCCUGCGAGAUGUUAUUCUUCCCAACGGCUUGACUAUCCCUCGCGGAACGAAUGUUGCCGUUGAUUCAUCCAUGAUGUGGGAUCCAGCGAUCUAUCCCGAUCCAUCGUCUUAUGACGCCUACCGCUUUCUUCGCCUUCGCAAAUCCGGUAAUACUGCGGCAGCACUGGCAUCCACGAGCCCAGAGCAUAUUGCUUUUGGAAUUGGCAAGUCAAUUUGUCCUGGGAGAUUCUUCGCAAGCAAUGAAGUCAAGAUUGCUCUGGCGAAGAUUCUUUUGACUUAUGAUGUCAGGAUACCUGAAGGGGUAACACCCAAGAUUGUGGAGAUGGGGUUUGAAAUGCUGUGUGAUCCAGAUGCAAAGCUGGAGGUUAGAAUGCGAAAGGAUGAGAAAUAA